CCUGGAGGCCAGUGCGCAGGCGCAGGGGUUCUGCUGUGUGCAGUUCUUGCGCAGCUGUGUGGCUGAGGAAGCUACAAGGAGGCAGCUCUGCCUGCUAGUACUCUGCCACACCCUCUGAUGUGGACCAUCACAGACUGGGGAAAGGAUGCCUGCAGCACGUGGGAAAUCGAAAUCCAAGGCAUCAGUGACUUUUGGGGACUUAGCCAUCUACUUCUCACAAGAGGAAUGGGAAGGGCUGAGCCCCAUUCAGAAGGAUUUGUAUGAAGAGGUCAUGUUGGAGAACUAUCAGAACCUGGUCUCACUUGGUCUUUGCUCCCGGAGGCCAAAUGUCAUCACUUUGCUCCAGAAAGGGAAACCACCAUGGAUGGCGGAACCAUCAAGGCAACGCCGGGGCCCAGAGUCAGGAUCUAAGUGUGAGACCAAGAAGUUACCACCAAAUCAAUUCAACAAAUCUGGGCAAAGGAUUUGUCAGAAACCAGUUUCUUCACAACAAAAGAUUCCCCCAGGGAAGACGAGCAACCUCAAAAAUUCGUUUGUAAGAGAAUCCAAGAAAGGACAUUCAGGGAAGAAAUCUUUAAAAUGCAAUCACUGUGAGAAAACCUUUAUUCGAAGUUUCUCUCUUAAACUUCAUCAGCAUUCUCACGAUGAAGAGAGGCCUUACGAAUGCAGUCAUUGCAGACAAGCUUUCAGACAGAUCCCAUCCCUCAUUCUUCAUCAGCGAAUUCACAAUGAGAAGAAAAGCUAUGAAUGUGAUAAAUGUGGGGAAAUUUUUAAUAAAAAAUUAACUCUUAAGGUACAUAGGCGACUUCAUAAUGGAAAGGAAAUUUUUAACCAGGGUAAGGCCUCGAGUUCAUGCCCAUCUCUCAGUGUACAUCAUAAUAUUCCCACUGUUGAGAAUAUACACCAGUGCAGAAAAUGUGGGAAAGCCUUCAGCCAGAUGUCAUCUCUUUUACUUCAUAAGAGAAUUCACAAUAGAAAGAAAAUGCAAAAAGACAGUAAGUAUGGGAGAGGCUUCAAAAGGAAGCCUGUCCUUGUCGUACAUAAACGAAUUUGUAUUAGAAAGAAAACCCUUGGCAGUGAGAAGGCCUUAAGUCAGACUCUCCCCCAGAGAAAUCGUCAUUUAGAGAAUCCUUUCACAUGCAGAAAAUGUGGGAAAUCCUUCAGUAGGAUUUCACCUCUAAUGCUUCAUCAGAGACGCCACACUUCAGGGAAACCCUAUAAAUGUGAUAAAUGUGUUAAAGCCUUUAGACGGCUUUCAACCCUUAUUCUGCACCUAAGAAUCCAUAGCGGAGAGAAGCUGUACAAGUGCAAUAAAUGCGACAGGGUCUGCCACCGGCAGGCGUCCCUUCUUCAACAUCAGAAAAUCCAUAAAAGGAAAAAGAAACGAAUUGAGUGCAAGGAAUGCGGAAAGAUGUUUUGUGGACUUGAAAACCUUAAAGUACAUCAGAACAUUCAUUCGGAAGAGAAACCUUUCAAGUGCAACAAAUGUAGUAAAGUUUUCGGCCGCCAGUCAUUUCUUAUCGAACAUCAAAGAAUUCAUACUGGAGAGAAGCCCUAUCAGUGUGAGGAAUGCGGGAAAACAUUCAGUCACCGAAUAUCACUUACUCGACAUAAGAGAAUCCAUACUGAAGAUAGACCCUAUGAAUGUGAUCAGUGUGGGAAAGCCUUCAGCCAGAGUGCACAUCUUGCGCAGCAUGAAAGAAUUCACACUGGAGAGAAGCCAUAUGUAUGCAAAACAUGUGGGAAGUCCUUUACUCAGCGCAUAUCCCUCAUUCUGCAUGAAAGAAGCCAUACUGGGGAGAAACCCUAUGAAUGUAAUGAAUGUGGGAAGGCAUUUAGUAGUGGCUCAGACCUUAUCAGACACCAGAGAAGUCAUUCUUCAGAGAAACCAUACGAAUGUAGUAAAUGUGGUAAGGCAUAUAGUCGCAGUUCAUCCCUGAUUCGACAUCAGAACACACAUUCUGAGGGAAAAUCCUAAAGUUGUUUCCAAAUCUGUAAAAGCAAAGAAUGAGGUUAUCAAAGAAGUGUUCAGAGGCAUGAAGAAUGUGUGUGCUCUUGACUUAUGAUGGGGUUAUGUCCCAAUAAACUCAUAAGUUAAAAAUAUUGUAAAAAUCCAUUAAACGGCUAGGCGUCAUGGCACACACCUUAAUCCCAGCACUUGGGAGACAGGCAGGUGGAUCUCUGUGAGAUCAAGGCCAGCCUGGUCUGUAUAGCAAGUUUCAGGCCAGCUGGGCUACAGGGAAACCCUGUCUCAAAAAAAAAAAAAAUCAUGAAACGUAUCUGUUCUACCAAAUGGGAUAGUUUAGCAGCAUAGUACAAUGUGGCGUAUCAAUUGUUCACUCUCCUGAUUGCAUGGCUUCCUGGAAGCUACGCCUCAUCCUGCUGCCCAGCAUCAUGAAAAUAUCAUCUGCCGACCACUUGCAUAGGGACACAUCACAACUUGACACACAGUUUCUAUCUGAAUGCAUAUUGCUUCUUUACCAUCAUAAGCUGAAAAAUCCUAAGUCAAAAAUCAUGUGUGUCUGUGGGGGGACACUAUAUUUACCUAUAAAUUUUGUAUAUAUGGGACCAUUUGAUGCUGAUCUCCCUUUAAAGGCCAAGGACCAAAAGUAAUUGGUAACUUUUGAAUUGAAGAGUUGAAAUCAACUGAGAUAUGCUCAGAAGAUCGGAUCAGUCUUUAUGAAUGAAGGUGUUUAUCAUUUGACCUUUGAUUUGCAGUACAGUUUUGAGGACAUUUGACUGACCACAUACAAUGAAAUGGCUUUGCAAAGUCCAUUACAGGAAGAGAGAGUUUGAGUCUAUUCUAAGAACUCAAACUAUCAUAUAUAAGGGACUAACUGCCAAAACAGGGUGCCUCUUUCUCCUGACAGAAAUGUGUUGGGUGAGUCUUCAGGUAAAUAAGAAUAGUGCACACAAUGGUGUGAGGUGGUAGCCAUAACCACUCUGCCCCCAUAGAUAUGAAGAUAUGGCUUAAAACUCUAGUAUGACCAAGACAGGAUAAGGGGGCUAAAACCCAGGGAGUGCUGAAGAGCGAGGAACUUCAGAGCAGGGAGAAUGGUUGUUUUUUUAUUUAAAAAUAAAUUGUCUAUAUUUAUAUGAACAACAACUGCUAUUUUUGUGUAAUAAUGCUGAUGUAUGUGUUAUGGCCUUAAUGUUUGUGUCACCCGAAAACUGUGUUAAAACCCUACCCCCCCACCCCCAGUGUGAUGGUAUUUAGAAAGAAGAUUAAUGAAGCCAUGAGGACAGGGCCAUUAUAAGAAGAAAUGCCAGAGAGCUUGCUCUCUUUCUGCCCCACUUGAGAACAGGGACAACCAUCUGCAGCUUGAACAAGGCCCUCACCAGAACCUGACCAUGGCGUCAGCCUCCAUCACUGUGAGUUGCUAAAUUCUGUGAAGUCAACCAGUUUGUGGCAUUUUGUUAUGACAACUCAAGUUGACCAAUACACAGGAGAACGCCUAGGCUCAUAUACCAGGCUGUUUUCCUUUGUCGUUCACUGUGCACAAGGCCUUUUAGUCCCUCUUUCCAGCUUGUGUAAAUUAUAUAAGAAAUAAAGUCA